AUGCGGAGCUCGCGGCCCGGCGCGGCGCGGCCGGCGGAGGCGGGCCCGGCGCGGCGCCGCCCGGGGAGGGGGCCCCGCGGGUGCCGCGCCCCUCCGCCCCGGCCCCGGGCCCGGCCCGAGGGCGGGCGGGGAGGGAGGCCGCGCCGAGAGGCCCGGCGGCGGAGCGCGGGGGGGCAGCGCGGGCUCCGCGGCCCGGCGGCCCGGCUCCCGGCGCGCGUCUCGCGGCCCGCGCUGCAGCUGCGGGCGCUGCAGGCUGUUCGUUCCGAGGGGCAGAGGGAGGCCGGCGGGACUGGGAGGCGGCACCUGUGGGCCCGGCGCGGGAGGAAGCCCUGGUGCGCGGUCACGUUACCCGAGGGGGCUCAGCUCCAAGUCGGUUUCUCAGGGCUGCGAAGCCCACGCUGCUCCGGCGAGGCGUCCCCUCCCUCCUCGGAGGGCUGGCCCAGGGAGCCCCGCAGCUCGUCCCGCCAUCGCUCGGCGCUCGCCCGCCGCGGAGCCCGCGCCUCCCGGACGUCAGGACCGGGGCUGCGUGGAGCUGGGCGGAGGGACCUUGAGAGGUCGCGAAGUUAG